UCCCAACGCAGCUCCCCGCGUCCAUCUCACGUGACAGAAAUGACGACUUCGGAAACUUUUCAAUGCAAAUCCUCUUUUUCCACGAGUAUCGCCUGAAGCCGCUGCGCUGUUAGGGUUUGGCGGUCACUCCAAAAGUGAAAGGGGGCCAAGCCAGUUGAAGCCGCAGCCCGAGGGAAGGUCUCCGCAUCUCUUAUCCCUUUCUCUUCUUCCCUCUCUCAUCCUUUUUGUUUUGCGAAGACCAAGACGCCUGUCGGUGGUCAGCUCGGCUCAGCUCGCGGCGGUCCCAACCCACCCGCGACCUACGCACAGCAGUCUCUGAACCGGACUCCAUUGUUGGACAUUGAGAUUCCGUCAUGUGAAUAGUGCUCAGAAGGAGCAAGGUGCCCUUUGGCUUUUGCAUUCCUGCGGAAUCCAGAGGGAUGGCAUGAACUCACUGCCAAAAGAGGGACGGAAUCGUUGAGAGUCCAGUCUCCUGCUUUUCUCUGAGUUGCUUUUGUGGAAACUUGCAUGUGAAGCGAUCUCUUCUUCACCGCGUAUUGGUUUGGAAUUCAAUAAUAAAUAUUUUCAUGAGGGCUUCUAUCUGUUGAUCUGUUUGCUUCUUCCUCUAGAUCUUCCCUCUUACGCCCGCUUUUGCAGCUCAGAUUCCGUGAAUUGUAUCUGUCUCAUUUAAGCUUCGGUCAUGUCUCCUGUUGAUGCGGUGGCCUUAAAUCUCUGGACAUUUAGAGAGUUUCCAAUUCUAAUUGAUGCUUAUCGAUAGCUAGUGGCCUCUUUAAAGCUCUUUGAUUUUAACUUUCAUACUGACUGCUUAAGCAGAGUGGGUAGUUUGUUUGCUCGAUGCUAGUGUAGUGUUAGCUGCUUUUAAUGAUGGAGGAUAUAGGGCUGUUCAAGCAGGGUUGGAAAUGGGUAUGCUCUCAGAAACACGCAUACUCGGGUGCUCGAACUGCCCUCAGCUGGUCCAGAGACAAACUUGCAGCAUUUGUAGAGCGUCAUUGGCCCACAGUGUGCAGUGGUUGUGCAAGACUGGGAGAGUUUCUACUGUUGUUGUUAUGUCAUUGGAGAGACUGCAUUGUUCGAGGUUCCCAGUCAUUUGUUGGGCUGGGUUCGGCAGCAUUGCUUGUUGUAAUGUGGAGUUGCUUUCUUAGUCUGACUUCAUUGUCUUGCAUUUUCUAUGUACUCCUUAGCAUGGGAGCUGCUGGAGCUGCUGUUCAGUACUUGGGUUACACAUCUGGUCUUUUUAUUGUAGGGUUGUUUGCAAUAUUGGUUCUAUGGAUGUAUGCUAACUUUUGGAUAGCAGGGACGUUGUUCAUAGUUGGAGGUUAUAUAUUCUCCCUAAAUCAUGCGCGGUUGGUGAUAUUCAUGGCAACUAUGUAUUCCAUUUAUUGUGUCAAAGUACGAGUUGGGUGGCAUGGAGUUUUUAUCUCAAUAAACCUUGCAUUCCUUUCAAAUGAUGUAUUAAAUUACUUUCUCCAAUGGUGUGACAAUGUGAGUGUGAGCUCACAUGCUGAAGAACCCAAGAAAUCAGAAUCAGUAACAGAUGAUGACUUUUCUGGAGAGUGUGAGUGCACCAUGCCGACUGAUGAAGAUGACAAGUUGUUUUCCUGUAAAUCAUCAAGUAAAGCAUCUGUGACGUCAUCUGUUGUUAACAACAAAACUGUCUCUUCUGUGAGAAAGGUGUUCAAAGAAGACACAAGUUCAGUGGUUGAGAUGAAUAGGAUAUUAAAGUGCAUUGAUCAUUACGAAGCCCUGGGAUUUCCUCGCAGUAAGAAAGUUGAUGCAAUAAUGCUGAAAAAAGAAUAUCGAAAGAAGGCAAUGCUUGUGCAUCCUGAUAAAAAUAGGGGAAGUCCACUUGCAAGUGAAUCAUUUAAAAAACUUCAAUGUGCAUUUGAGGUCCUUUCCGACUCUACAAAGAAGAGAGAUUAUGAUGAGCAAUUGAGAAAGGAGGAAGAAUCUAAGACCGUUUGUCAGAAAGCUCAUGCUGCUUCUCAAAAGGAUAAUUCUGAUUACUGCUCCGAAGAGUCAAGGUGUAUUCAUUGCACGAAGUGUGGGAAUUCACAUAUAUGGGUGUGCACCAACAGGUCUAAGGCCAAGGCAAGAUGGUGUCAGGACUGUUGUCAAUAUCAUCAAGCAAAGGAUGGUGAUGGAUGGGUUGAAUACAAAGGCUCAUUGGUUUUUGAGAGGCCUCAAAAGGUUGAAAUACCACGUGCUUUUGUUUGUGCCGAGAGCAAGAUUUUUGAUGUGUCAGAAUGGGCUAUUUGUCAGGGAAUGGCUUGUAGGCCUAACACCCAUCGGCCGAGCUUCCACGUGAACAUGGUUGGAUUGGAGAAGACUCAAAGAUCCAACUCAAGGAGGUUUCCCUGGGAUUUGGAUGCCGAAAUGAUUGACGAAGAGGAGGAGUUUGAGCUGUGGCUGCAGCAGGCGCUAGCAUCUGGCCUCUUCUGUGAGACAUCCAAACGUAGAAAGAGCUGGAGCCCCUUCAAGCUGCAGCAAAAGAAUGGGAAGAAGAAAUGGCGAAUGUCAACUUGAUGACAAAGUGGAGGCUUGUUACUCUCCCACAACGGAUUACCCACCCCUUGAAAGAGACUGAAAUUGUACAUUAUUGACCAGUGUAAUUGUACAUUAUUGACCAGAGGUUCCAGUCUCAUCUAAAGGCAAGAUGAGAUGAGAAAAGGUUGGGUGGUGGUUGAGGGAGAAAUCGAGUUUCCUUUAGUUUUCUUGUCUGUAAAUAAGAACCGACUACUUCUUUCAGUUCUGCCCUAUUCCGUAGUCCUUUCCCUUUUGGGAAUUCUAGUUUUGAGGUUCAUCGUUGGGGGAACAAGACUCACUUAAAUACCACAUGGAUGUCACGGUUGCACAGGAACUUGCUGCCCGGCGGCAAUAAAACGGGAAAGUCUUCUGUAAUGCAUUCACCAAAGGUCUGUCCAUCUCCCUCAGCCUGAAGUUGUGGAUGAUGCCACGUGUUUUGUACACGUUUAUGUAUUACGUUUAUGCUUAUUAACUUGCCAUGUAGGGCGUUCUCUUCCUGAAUUGACACAAUUAACUUAAAACACAACUUGUAUCUUUUGUGUGAAAAAAAAAAGCAGCGAGUUUAAUCGGUGUUGUUAUUA